AUGAAUACCAAUCCCAAGAAGAUGAAGGAACUAGAGGACUCUCAACAUCAACAGAUCUCCAAGAAGAAGCAGGCCGGAGAGUACAAGGAACCCUCCGGCCGUCGGGGGCUAUCCGACAUCACCAACCAAUUUACCAACCUCAACAUCCACUCAUAG